AAACAACAAGUGACUAUUAGACUUAACAGGGUUCUUUGAAUGAGGCUUCAUUUAGCUCUUGGUGACUAUCAAAGACAUCGUGCUUGACAAAUAUGGCGUACAUUUUACAGCUUUGGAUAUUUUUUGGUGCUCUGGUGUCUUCAAACGCUCUGGACCGCAGGAACAUAGGAUGUACAGAGGUCAAAAUUCACGCCUCUCUGAAAUCUGAAGUCUUUCUCCCUUGUCACUUUAAUGAAAACUUUGACAAUGAAACAGAGACAGUGAAAUGGAGUAACACUUCCAGUGGAGUCGCUCUUCUAACUAUCAUGGAAAAUGGUAGAAUCAUCUUUGAAAGUCCUACAGAAGGACGAGUGAAAGUUUUCCCACUUCUAUUCAGAGACGGAAACUUCUCCAUCCUCAUCCGUGAUCUGGAGCCUUCAGACAUCGGCCCGUACUUUUGUGAGCUGAGGAAUGAAUGCUGGAGAGUGGAGAUCAUACAAUUGGCAGAAAAUAAGAUCAGUCGCUGCAUGGGAAAUUCUUUCAAAUUAAAUUUAGAGGAGGAAUCACAUAAUGAAACUGUGGACUUGAACUCUUAUCAUCAUAACUCCUGGUUGUUCUUUUUUGCUGGAGCUGGACUUUCCACUCUUCUUUUUGUUGUAUUUAAUCGCACUGGCUUACAUAACCGUUGUAUGAGAUGUAUGAGAUCAUCCAAAUCUUGCUCUAUUAAUGAAGAACACCAUAAAGAACAUGAUUCUUCAAAUCAACUUUCUAUCCAACAGAGAGCAUUCAGAACUCCAGAUCUAAAUGAUGCUACCACAACUACAGUAUAUGGUAAGAUACAAUUUAUGUUUGGAAAACUGUUUCUAUUAUAAGGCUGAGAAUAACUUACAAAAUCGUUUCAGUCAACCAGGCAUAACGCUGCAAUCGAAGAGAUGCUGACAACAGUGGGAAAUUAAAGAUUAUCAAUAUGUCAUCUGUUUUUUCUAUUUUCAUUUAUUGAUUUAUACUUUUAAAAAAUGGUUGAUAAUAUACUAAAUACAUUUGUAAACCACAUAUGUAAAUUGAUGUGCAAAUUAGCUUUUCCCUUGAAACUAUUUGUCAGUAUAAGUGAUCUGCACAAAUAAUUUAAAUGCAAACAAACAAGAACACUGUUUGAUUGUAUAAUAUUUACUGUAUAUUAAAUGUAUGUCAACUUCUCUA